AUGGACACACUAUCCUCCGAACUCAAGGAGUUGAUAGUUGAUAAAUGUGGCGAUGACCAGGCUUCUCUGGUAGCCCUGCGCACUGUCUCAAAAGCUUUUUACCAACGGGCCACCUUCAAUCUCUUCCGUUAUAUCCACGCAUCGUCGAUAUUCCAAUUUGACAGCUUAUCAACCAUAUUCCAGGAAUUCCCGGCCUUAUCCAACUUCGUUAAAUACCUCCACAUCACCCUUCCCCCAGGCAAUGAAAACCGAUGUGGAUGCUGCGAUGACCGGCUCGAACAACUUGAAGAUACCACCGGCGACUUCAGGCAGAAGAUUGAUGAUGCAACGCUGCGUAACAACUGUCGCAGGGCCGCUAGAGGGCUCCCCUUGAACCUUCUUCCCCACCUCGAAACUCUUCACAUCACUCGCUCGCCCAACGGUCCCUGGAGUUCAGCUACUGUCACAUCCCUCAUCCUUGACAACAUGGCAAUAUGUCAACGUACUUUCCGAGAAAUCCUUCCCUACUUGCACGCUCUCACGUCGCUUUCUGGAUCUCGCGCCAACGUAAGGCAGGUUCUGCCACCCCUAUCCUUUUCGGUUGAAGAAGAGAAUGCCUAUUACAAUACAACUGUCGGACCAGUUGACCCCGGCCCAUCUUUGGAGGUACUAGAUAUCGUAAACUCACAAAUCUUCGACUUCUUUCUCGAUCGGCAGGCCCGGUUUGCCCUUCAGUCUGAGGAAGCUCUCUGUCCAGUAUCUCAACCUGGAGCAUGCACCAGCAGCUCAAAAGUGGACGACAACUGGCGCGCUGACAAGCUCCUGGACAUCUUCGCAGUUCCCAACGUAACCAUGUGCGCUUCCGGGCACGACAUUUUCGGGCCACGCAACUUGACAUGGUUCUUGGCCUGCCUUACUUCCACCGACUCGGCUUCAGCCUUAACCCAGCUAAGCAUCCAUAUCGAUCCAGAGAGCGAGUUCCCCAAGUUUUUUGACAACAUCCGUAUCUGGGCGGCGCUCGAUGCUCUGCUAACAGGCCCGCGGUUCACUAGGUUUCGUGCACUCAAUAUCUCCUUGAUUCUCAAGGAUGUGAAAAGUCAGAAGAGUAAUGUCGAGCCUGAGGAGAUGCAGACUUUUGGGGAUGUGACACGGCUGGAUAUUUUGGCGAGGUUGCCAGUGUUAAGUGCGAGGGGGAUGGUGAGGUGCAGCAAGCGAGUCAUAGUGGAGUAGGGGAGAGGAUGUGAAAAUGCCCACUACCGAUGCGUGAUAGGGUUUUUUGCUACUUUUUUCAUAGCAAUUUCGUUUCUAUUUCUUGUCAUAUCUUAUUCAUCUGUUUGCUAGCAAGGUGAUCUCGGUGCAAGAAUUAAGAUCCAUGCAAAUAGAUUCGUAAUGGUAGCACAUCAAGCUGAUUAGCAGCUUCUUAUCUCGUACCUGGUGACACGCAGGCGUUCUUCGAACUCUAGUUCGGUUCUUCGGUCCGGAAGUACCUAUCCUUGUGGCUGUACUUACAAUCCGCGC